AAGCAGAAGAAACUUCAAGAUUAUAAUGAGGCUGAUAUGGAAAGAUUAUAUGAGCAGUGGGAGGACGCAGAUGAAGAUGAAUUGGAAGAAGAUGAAAAACCUGAAUGGAAAAGAGAACCACCAAAAAUUGACAUGUCUAAAAUGGAUACAUCUAAUCCUGAGGGCAUGUUAAAAAUGAGUAAAAAAGGAAAAACACUGAUGAUGUUUGCUUCUGUUUCAGGUAGAAACCCAACUGAAAAGGAAACAGAGACCAUAACACAACUAUGGCAAGGCAGUUUAUUUAAUGCUAAUAUUGAGACUCAGAGAUAUGUAGUAGGUGCCAACAGAGUUAUUUUUAUGUUAAAAGAUGGUUCUAAAGCAUGGGAAAUAAAAGAUUUUUUAAUAGAACAAGACAGAUGUUUAGAGGUCACAAUAGAAAAUCAAAACUUUCCUGGUAGAGGUGCUAAGGAG